AAGCAUCUCCGCGGAUUUCGCGGAUGUGUUGAGAAUAAGAGAUGGCCGUGCGGUCAGCACGGACAUGUUGCCCGAAAGCCGCUCGGAGUUUUAAAAUAUCGUUGGCUUUCCUCUUGCAAUGGAUGCAGUUUAGUCAACAUUCGGAAGCCAUACCAUUUUAUCACGGCCAUUCAAACCCCAUUGGCCGUGCUGUAGAGAUACCGCACAUAUCUAUAUACAUGUCUGGUCUCUAUCCUCCGUAUCUACCGGGUGAAACUCAUCGACAUAUAUCAGAAUGGAGAGAAGGUCAUAAAAUCGCCUCAUUAAGAAACGCCAGAGAACCAAUCGACCAGCUAUUAAAAUCCCUUCUCUGA